AUGUCCGAAAAAAACGAGGAAAAAAACCAAGAAGAAUAUAGUGCCAAGGAUAUCCGAGUUACCAAAGAGGAUAUCGAAAAGGUAAUUGACAACUCUAUUGAUGAAGCGGUAGGUGGUUAUUGUAGUGAGAUUAAAAUAACUCUUUCCGCCGACCAAAAAGAAAUUACGGUGGAAGAUAAUGGUCGGGGCGUGCCGAUUGAAAUUCAUCCCGACACCAAAAAAAGCACUUUGGAAACUAUUUUCACUACUCUCCAUUCGGGUGCCAAAUUAGAGAGUGAAGUUUACAAAACCUCAGGAGGUUUACACGGAAUAGGGGUAACCGCAGUUAACGCUUUAUCAGCCUAUCUAAAAGCCCGAAGUACUCGCGAAGGAAAAACCGAAAUACUAGAAUUCCAAGAAGGAAAAUUAAUUAAUCCACCGCAAAUUAUUGAUGCUCCUCAACAAGCAAAUGGAACUAUCAUUAGUUUUACUCCCGACCCCAAAAUUUUCAAAGAAUUCACUUACUUCAAAAUUGAAACUAUUCAAAGUCGUUUAAAUGAACUAGCCUAUCUUAAUCCUAAUUUAACUUUAUUUUUUUCUACUUCUCCCGACGCUACUCCUAUUGUUUACCAUUUUAGCAGCGGUUUAGCCGAUAAAUAUACCCAAGCAAAGGUUAACGUUUUAAAAGAUGAUGUUUUGGAAGGGUUGGUGGCUAUUUUGGCUAUUCGGAUGAAAGACCCUCAAUUCUCCGGACAAACUAAAUAUCGUUUAGCCAAUAAAACUAUCGGAAAAACAACUACGGUUCGGGAAAUUGUCAAAAAUGCUACUUAUGAUUUAGUCAAAAGAUUUCUUCAAGACCACGGCAAUAGUGCCGAAGCCAUUAGUCAACAAAUUAUUACUACCGCUCAAAAUCGGGUCAAGUAUGAAGAAUACAAAGAAACUCUGCGAGAAGGAGGAAGGAGCGCCACUUUACCUGGCAAAUUAGUUCCUUGUAUGUCCAAAGACAUAGCCGAUAAUGAAUUGUUUAUUGUCGAAGGAGAUUCCGCCGGCGGUAGUGCCAAGGCAGCUCGUUUCCCUAAAAAUCAAGCGAUUUUACCAGUUCAAGGAAAAAUUCUUAAUGUUCUAAAAGCUAAGUGA